AAUACCGCUUCAAAGCGAAAUUCUAUAUUCUAUAUUUAGGCUACAAAAAUACUUGUGAUAGUUUAAUAAGUUAAAACAUCCACAAUGAGUCGUAAAGAAGCUCUUUCGUCGUUUAUACAACAAAUUCAUGGGAGGCCGGUUGUUGUAAAACUUAACAGCGGUGUUGAUUAUAGAGGAGUCCUUGCUUGUCUUGAUGGCUACAUGAACAUAGCCCUCGAACAAACUGAGGAAUAUGUAAAUGGACAACUAAAGAAUAAAUAUGGUGAUGCAUUUAUCCGUGGGAAUAACGUUCUGUACAUCAGCACACAAAAACGGAGGAUAUAGCCAAGGCCUUAAGUUUUUCUAAGUAAAUGUAAGUGAUUACAUAUUCCAUAAAUAGAAACUUUUUUACAUCUUGUUU